CUUUAUACGUCUAUAGUACCAACGCUUAACGUGACAGAUAGUUCAAUCGUGAUCUAAAACCACUUUUUUAAAUCUUGUAAAAUCCUAGCUAGAAUGAAAAAGCAAUAUUUUAUAAGUUUAAAACCUGAAAUCGAGUCGUCAAAAACUCAAAUUAUUUUGAAAUAACAGCUAGCCAAGAUUUCUUUGACUAAAGAAUCAGAUUGAGUAUUUCCGAUUAUUUCGAAAAACAUAGAAGCAUAUCAGCUGUGCUUCUGCUGUCGGAAAAAAUGUUUGUCGAACGCUGAUUGGUUGGAAGAAGGCAGGUGCAAACUCUCCAAGACACCCUACCACUUAUCUUUGGUGCAAGAGGGCUCAUCGAAAGGAAAAAAAGGCCAAAAGGGUCGUAGGUUGACCCUCUAUCCACCACCCUCCCUAAGAGAUGGAAAGCCAAAACAUGUGCCGAGAAAAAGAAUAAAAUAAUGAUGCAGGUGGUCGGCGGCGAUGCUUCGCUGGUAGCCUAAAUAACUCCAAAAUCUUCCCCUCCCACAACAGCUUUCUUGCCUUAUGAUAAUUAGAUGCACCGUUUAAAAGUUUGUACUUUUUUAUUAUUGUUAUUCAUUCCAAAAUCCAGGGUAUCUGUAUCUGUGAUCAAGUUCUGAAAAAGGAAGUCAUCAAGUAAGCACGGAAUUGAUUCAUUUCAAUCUUUCUUACAAAUACGUGUAUCGUAUGUUUUAAAAUUAUUUAGAAAAUACUUGACUAAACAAAGUUUGAAAAUGCGGAUUUCUUUCUUUAAAGCUUAAAAGUUAAGUUCCUGUUGAUUUUACUCCUUUUAACCAAAAUUUACACUUAGGACGAUAAACAGUAGUUUACUUAAACCUCGAUAACUAAAUUUUUUGAAAUACGCUUUUCCAUUUGAACUGACGACUAACUCGAUAAAAAUACGAGAAAAGCUAUUGGGAGACAUAUCCCCUAAAAAUCCGGGAAAAAUCAAUGGCGGGUUAAAACGGAAAGAUUCUUUUAUAUAUACACGAAUAAUAAGAAAGCAGGAUAGCGCCAGCAGGGGUUACCUACCGGUACCUAUCGGGGGAUCGAAGCUACCGAGCAGGUGUGAGUUAACAAAGAAAGAAACGAAUAUGAAAAGGGGAAAAAAAUAGAAUGAAAUAAAAAAAUAACCUUGGUUCUUUCGUUUCCGUCCGGCUAGACAAAUAAAAGACCUUUCACUCAUCACUUACCCUUGAAGGAAUAUGCGAUAUUUGCACCUUUGUAUCCACACAGUUGUAUUUGCAUUGAUACAGUCUUCAUCAUUUCAUCAAAUAAUGAUACGCAAAUGCAAUGCUAUUUUAAUCUUUAAGGAACGAAAAUCUCGUAAUACGUUAGUAUCAUAACUAUUCAAAAACAUUCUUAUUUUAACAAAAUUGUGUAAAAAGAAACUCGCUAGAAGUAACUAGGGGGUGAUGUAAUGUAAUACGAAAUGUUUAAAAAGUCACUUGCGACUGUGACUACAAGAUUAGUUUAAGAGUAGGUUAUAGGGGAAAAGAAUAAAGGUAGAGCGAGAGGCCUCUCGAUCAGUCACGUGACUCUCGAGUCCAGGUGGUCAGCGUGUGCCUCGCUCUUCGUCGGUCUUCGGGUAUACGUCCCGCCGUUCGCAGGUUUCUUUAGUUCUCAUUCUUGUGCCCAUGAACCAGAAGCGCAGACACACACACACACACAAAUUUCUGAAUGUGCCCGGCAUGCUGGCAGCUUGGUAGUGUGAGCAGCUGGCCAGCAAAGGCAUUUAUUACAUUUAAAGCCGGUUCUCUCCUCGUUUCUCCUCCAUUUGUCCAUUUUUUGGUUGUCCACUUUUUCCGUGUCAACUUAAGAAUCUGAGACGAACCAGAAGUUGGGGGGUUAUCGGUUUGCUUAUUUCAGGUCUACCGGUAAAUGGUUUUCUUAAAAAAGAAACGUAAUUUGAGCUACUUGCCUUCGACAUGUGAGCUCAGGCCUACGCUACAUUCUAAUAUGAACAAUAUGUGAAGGGCACACGCAUUUCUGUGGCGAGUGACACUGACAGUUUCUCCUUUGCAAACUAUUAUACUUGCGACAAGAAAGAAAUCUGCUUUCCUUUGAUUUAUCACUUGUGUUGGCGAUGCUAGAUCGCGGAUUUACUCCCUGUUUCGAAUUGGCGUUUGAGAAUUUUAUGUUUUUAUAAGAAGACUCCUUAGUAGUAAAGGAAGCCAUUUGCAAAACGCAACAUUUACACACUUAUACUAUACAUAAAUCAAAUGUAUCGGAGAAUCGUGCAUCAGUACACAAAACAUGCUUUUGUAGACGAAUAAAAGUAAUUGCCAUGUACGAGCAUUUCAAUUCAACCAAAAUGUAUUCAAGUUAUGGGAAACUAAUUAAAGGGAGGACGAAAAAGGCUCGAUUUUAUUCGCAACUAUAUUGCAAAUUUGAUAACUAUUUUGUUGAAUUAAUUCCCCUUUAAAUUGUUUAUCGUGUUCGUGUGCUGAAAUGAAAUUGCAGUUACAUUUAAUAUUGACUGCCCGGAAUAACAAUGAUACGAAAACACGCAACUUUAACUGACUUGUAAGUCGCAGUCGCAGGACCUGCCACUUUGGCAAAAGGAGAUACUUUUCCCAAAAAGUUUUAAGUUUCUCUUUUCGUAUGUUGUUUGCCUUCGAAAAAGAGUGCCUGUUCCCCCUCCCGUUCGUGCCCUCCACGACCCACCACAUAAUAGCAAUGGCGUUUGUCAAUAACUCGAUACCAUCCCUCCCAUAUCCCUCCCUCACCCCCGCCUCCCCUCAGGCCGAGAGCACACGCUCUGUACUACUACGCCUGUGUCUGACACAGGGGAACCUUGUCAAAGACUUUUCAGUCUACUGCGGUACGUCAACAGUGUCAGACGUCGAAUUGGAUUUCUCUUAUACACUCCGUUACGAUUUUGAGAGUAGCAUUUCCGAUUUUCGUAAAAUUCGAUUGAAUCUGGUGCUGGCCCGUUGUAUUUCUAUGUAAUUCCAAGCAAGUUACAUUAGAUUGAGUCGAAAUUCUCUUUGUCCCUCAGUGUUGCGGGUUGUUUUUUCCCCUUUGGUGUGCUGCAAACUAUCCGCGGAAUUAAGUGAAAAAUGACUCGAACUGAUUCGCAGCAGCCACUUACCAAAAGUUCCAAGAAACCAUGCUGCCGCCUCUCUUUGAACAGUCUACCCUCGGUGUGGUACGGAAUCGCCAUUACAGCGUUCCAUGCCUACAUCGUACUGCAAGGAUCAAAAUUGUUCGUUGAAUAUAUGGAUUCUAAAUUUAGCAGUGGUAUAAGCGUAUGGGAAAUGAAUCUCUACAUCUCACUUCAGGCUACAUCUUUAGUACUGCUCCCUUUCCUGGCAUUCGCUUCCAUCUUCAAAUUAGGAAACUUGGCCAACGACGGAUACCGUCUGGGAAGGCAGAUUGAUUUAGAGAUGGAUCUUGAUAUUCCACGUUCAAGGGCCCGUGAUCCACUAGUUAGGACGGGAUCAGCUUGCGGAGCUGCUUGGAGACAUUGUCCACCUGUUGGACCUUCUUUGCACGCCAUUGCUGCCUUGUGCAGUUUGGUUGCUAAAGUUGUUCUAGAAGCUCGAAUGAUCAAAGACCAACUGAUGAAUAGAGAUCAUAUCUGGAAUAGCGAUUUGGACCUGAUAUUUUUGGGAAAUUCAAUUUGGCCAGAAAAAGGAUCCUUCAUAUCUGCUGAUCGCCUUAUAGAACAGACUCCUUUCCCUAGCCCAGAGUUUGUCAGCUACAUGUUCGCUUUGUUGGCGUUUGCCGUUCGCUGCAGUGAUGUCUUCUGGGGAGCAAAUAAAUGCCUUGCCUUUUUAAUAUCACUUCAACUUAUAGCGAACGGGGUUCACGCCCUUCUUGCAUUUUGUGGAGCUUCUGUUCUUUACAAGGUUGCAUUGACAGGAGUGCCUGCAGCCUUCUCCGGUGCAAGCGGAUCGCUCUCGGAUUAUUUGCUUCUUGAUCCACCAAUCACUGUCAUGCUGUUGAUGCUGCUAUCCUGCACUCUCCUGCUGGGCUGUUCACCUCUUAGCAUGUAUGCUCUCAACAAGCUUUCGGUUUUUCUUACAAAAAGUCGGAAGAAGUACAUUCGGGAGCUACCAUCCGCGCGCUCGUACUUGUGGAGUUUCUAUCCUCAUUUGGCGGCACUAGCUACUCUUUUAGCAGUUGCUGCAAGUGCAGCUCCUCUCCUGCAUGAUUUUAGCAAGAUGUACAAGUUGAAUCCUCAACCUGUACUGCUUGUUGCUGUAACGGGAUCGAUCGUCCAUGCUUUUUUGUGGGUUGCCCUGUGGCUGCUGUUGACUGUAAAAUCUAGCUGGGAUUUUCGACUAAAAAUUUCAGUUGGUCGAACGCUGCUCAAUUCACCCUCGUGUUUGGCAUUGGCUGCCGAAAUUGAAUUCAAACCCAACAGCAAGAAAAAGUGUGAGGAGUCGGAAGCCCUUCUCAACGAUUCAUCUCAAGCCCCGACUCUAAUACUAUCAAGGGGUAAAGCAUAUGGAGUUUUGGAUAUUGAAGUCCAACAAAAAAUCCAUCAACUGGUGGCUCUACCGACAGACACUCAAAAAGGAGGCGACAGCACCAAUCAAGUUUACUGGCUUCGUGGUGGAGGCAAUAUUCCAACUCCCACAGAAGUGGAAACUCCCUCUUCACCCACCUUACCAGAGCCCUUGAGCAGCGGCAGUAAUAGCAGUUGCUGCAGCAUAAGCGAAAGUAGUCGCAGGGUUCAUACACCACAACAAAAUGAAGUUACCGCGCAAAUGAACAUGUCGCAGCUAUCACCCGCCAUCAAGAAUACUCCAUCUUCAGAUUUAUCAGUUCACCCCAUGAACCCCAACGUUGUGCUUUCACCAAUUUUGACUCGACCAGUUCGAAAACCAUUUAUGCGUAUCCCAAAUGCCGAAGAAGAUGGCGACUACGCAACGUUACGAGAUCUACCUUUGGUAACUCUACCAGAAGAAACGGAACCAGUCGACAUCCAUGAGAUCAGUAGUAGUAGCGAUAGCAGCGGAGUCGAUUCUGGGUUCGGUUCCGGCAACCAGCGGCAAAACAUUCUGCCAAUCCAAUCCAGGAGUUCUCCAUUGAUUGCACCAAAUCGGGACUUAUGCAACCCCUAUGGAUACGUUAAGCCGAAAAUGACUACAUUUGCCUCUCUUCCUGGAAAGAGCAGCCACGUUCCUCCAAUGCAACUUCAACAUAAUGCGCAACAGCGUUCUCCGUUUAACAGCUUGCCUCUAGCGCAUAUGCAAAGGCUACAUCAAGUACAAUCACACCAAACGACGGCUGAAGAGAGGAGACCCGCCAUUCAAGCUUGUCUGUUUGCCGGUCAUGGUUUCGAAACAAACCAACGACCGUAGUAUUAUGGACUAUUGUAAAGUUUCCCCUUGAUAUUAGAUAUAGACAGAGUGACUCUAUAUUAUAGUAAGCAGAAAGAAAAUUCAGAGAGAAAUCAAUAAGGUCUCCUGUAAAUGGCCUAUAAUUGAAAUCUAAUAAUACUAUUCUUGCAGAACUGUUGUGUUUCAAAUUUCUAUUCCUGAAACAUCGGGAACAGAUGAAGCUUUGCGAAAAAAUCUCAAAUUAACCAUGAUCUCUUGGGAAGUUGGAAGCUCAAUAUGUAACUUUUUUUUCCCCCAUCAGUCAUGAUUCAUCUCAAAAGGUCGAUUGAUGUGCUGAAAGUAGAUAUAGACAUUUGGAGUUGGAUAGAGACAUUGGAGCAUUGGAUUACAUUUUUGUUUCAAGGUGGAAUUAUUUCCCUCUAUAUGUCGAACUAUUUUAUGGAAAGAACCAAACUAGCUAAGUCAAGUCGCAAAAAUUGUGCUAUGUAUGUGCUUGUAUUGUCAUAUUAGUUUAUUAUGUAAUUUCCUCAUUUCUUUUGUACCAUGACAAUUAAGAAAUAACAUUUCAAUGAGUCUGCAUUCCAAAUAAUCCCUAUUGCAGUCUUAUGAAUUAAACUGUCUAUACAUAUAUCUCUAUCACAUCAAA